UGUGCGCUGCAAGCAACCAAAUGCCCGGAAGGACCGCCAGGACCACCUGGAGAGCCUGGCCUUCCCGGAGAACCUGGUGAUAAAGGGCAAGACGGUCGCCCAGGACCAGACGGUAUUGGCGUAUCAACGGGUGAAGGUGCCAAAGGCGGCUGCAUUGCAUGUCCAGCCGGGCCACCAGGACCACCAGGACCCGAUGGACCACCUGGUCCAGCUGGACCUGCCGGAUCAGGAGGUGCGGCGGAAGGAGGUGGCGGACAGGGACCGCCCGGACCACCUGGACCACCGGGUGAUGCAGGACCAGAUGGACCACCAGGACCAGCUGGUGAACCAGGACCAGGCGGAGCAGGAGGAGCUGGUGGAGGAGGAGAACCAGGACCGAAGGGACCGCCAGGACCUCCAGGACCACCAGGAGAAGAUGGACCGCCAGGUGAAGCAGCUGGACCAGGACCAGAGGGACCAGCUGGGCCACCUGGACCACCUGGUCAGCCAGGACCAGCCGGUGCUGCUGGCGAACCCGGAACUGGGGGUAAGGGUGGAAUACCGGGCAGCGACGCUGCAUACUGUCCUUGUCCACCACGAUCAUCGCUGACCGUGGAAGCGCCACCACUGGACGCAGCCAAAGCUGGUGGCAGUGCAGCUGCGGAUGUUGAAGGUGCUCAACGCCGUCAUCGCGCCGCAAAACGACAUCGACAAAUCUGA